AUUGUUAUAAGAGUUCAUAGAACUAGUGAAAUAAUACUUGAGUAUUCUCUCCACAACUCUUCUUUUUACUACAUUAUUUGUGCAAAGGGGAAAAAAAAAUGAUGGAUAAGCCAAGUACUACAAGUUUACUACGUACAAAGUCUGAUCAAUUGGUGGAAGCAAUUUCAGCAGCAAUGGGAGGAGGAACAAAGUCGUCACCGAUGAACGGUGACGGGACGGGAGGAGGAGGGGGGUCGGAGACGUUAUCGAGAAAAUCAAGCAGACGAUUAACAGGCGUGUCACCAGGACGGAGCGGUGGAGGCAGAAAUAACACACACAUUAGGAAGUCAAGGAGUGCUCAAUUGAAAUUUGACUUAGAGGAAGUCAGUAGUGGCGCGGCCCUAAGCCGCGCCUCUAGUGCUAGCUUGGGCUUAUCUUUUUCUUUCACGGGCUUCACCGUGCCCUCAGAUGAGAUUGCGGAUAUGAAGUCCUUUAGUGAUGAUGAUGAUACUCCUGAAGAUAUUGAAGCUGGCACAAGAAAGAUGAAGAUUCAAGCAGAACCUACUUUACCAAUAUACCUCAAGUUUACUGAGGUAUGUUAUAAGGUGGUUAUCAAAGGAGUAACAUCAACAAGAGAAAAGGAAAUUUUGACAGGAAUCAGUGGCUCUGUUGAUCCAGGGGAAGUUUUGGCCAUGAUGGGACCUUCCGGUAGCGGAAAGACGACGCUUCUCAGCCUGCUUGGAGGAAGGGUGAAAGAGACAACAGGAGGAUCAAUCACUUACAAUGAACAACCAUAUUCAAAGCAUUUAAAGAGCAGGAUAGGAUUUGUGACUCAAGAUGACAUACUAUUUCCUCACUUGACAGUGAGAGAAACAUUGACGUAUGCAGCACGCCUACGACUACCAAAGAAAUUGACAAAGGAGGAGAAACAAAAACGAGCCAUCGAUGUGAUAUACGAGCUAGGACUGGAGAGAUGCCAAGAUACAAUGAUCGGUGGCUCCUUCGUUCGGGGAGUAUCAGGAGGAGAAAGAAAGCGCGUCUGUAUUGGAAAUGAGAUCAUAAUCAACCCUUCCUUAUUGUUCCUCGAUGAACCUACAUCCGGUUUGGAUUCUACAACAGCUUUAAGGACAGUUGAGAUAUUACACGAUAUCGCUGAGGCUGGAAAGACGGUGAUCACAACGAUCCAUCAACCGUCUAGUAGACUUUUCCACAAGUUUGAUAAGUUGAUUCUACUUGGCAAAGGGAGUUUGCUUUAUUUUGGGAAGGCAUCUGAGGCAAUGGACUAUUUUUCAACUAUUGGAUGUACACCUUUGAUAUCAAUGAAUCCAGCAGAAUUCCUGCUGGAUCUCGCAAACGGAAACUUAAACGAUGUUUCCGUUCCAUCAGAGUUGGAGGACAAAGUACAGAUUGGGAAUUCAGAUACUGAAACAAGGAAUGGAAAGCCAUCACCUACAAUUGUGCAUGAGUAUCUAGUGGAAGCAUACGAGACACGAGUAGCUGAGAGUGAAAAAAAGAAACUUAUGGCUCCCAUGAUGAUUGAUGAGGACUUGAAGUCUAAAGUAGUUACCUCAAAGAGAGAAUGGGGAGCAAGUUGGUGUGAACAGUACUCCAUAUUGUUCUGGAGAGGACUUAAGGAACGACGCCACGAUUACUUUAGCUGGCUGAGAAUCACUCAAGUUGUUGCAACUGCAGUUAUCUUAGGCAUGCUCUGGUGGCAAUCUGGUGGUGAUAGUCCUAAACAAAUGCAAGAACAGUCAGGGCUUCUGUUCUUCAUCGCAGUGUUCUGGGGAUUUUUUCCAGUUUUCACAGCAAUCUUCACAUUUCCGCAAGAAAGGGCAAUGCUGAACAAGGAAAGAUCUGCUGAUAUGUACAGAUUAAGCGCGUAUUUUUUGGCGCGAACCACCAGUGACAUCCCCUUGGAUCUUAUACUGCCAGUACUCUUUAUCUUAGUAGUAUAUUUCAUGGCAGGCUUGACACAUGAUGUUUCUGCCUUUUUCCUAACCGUCCUCACGACUUUCCUCUGCAUCGUAGCAGCUCAGGGAUUAGGUCUAGCAAUAGGAGCUACACUAAUGGAUUUAAAGAAGGCAACAACUUUGGCAUCUGUAACAGUAAUGACAUUCAUGUUAGCUGGUGGAUAUUUCGUAAAGGAAGUACCGGUAUUCAUAUCAUGGUUAAGGUACUUAUCGUAUAACUAUCAAACGUACAAACUCCUACUAAAAGUUCAAUACAAGGAGAAAAAUGACUGGGUGGACGGGAUCAAAGUAGGCAAUGGUGUAAAGGAAGCAAGUACAUUACUAGCUAUGGUGUUUGGCUAUCGGAUUCUGGCAUACAUAUCUUUACGGAGAAUGAAGCUUCACUCAGGGGCUUAGAUGAUUGAUGAAAACGAUGGUUCAAUUUUAAAGAAAAUAAAGAACUAGUACUAUUGCAGCUUACACUACUGAUUGUUAUGAAGAUAAGAGACUCUGAUUCAGCUGAUAUAAGUUGCAGCUAGCACAAGGAAAGAAGAUUUGAUUGUAAAUUUUUAAUGUAUUAUAAACUUAGAAGUAGAAAUGAAAUGUAUGUAAAAUGUUCCACAAAGAUGUUGAGAUGGAGAUCUCAUUCAUGAUCUACUCCUUGAGAAUUUUUGGUUUCAAGUGUAGCUUUUUCAUGUUUGCAACAAGUUUCUCAAGUAAGAACUGCGACCCGAGAGUUUACUAAUGGAUUGAUGGUCUGAUUAUAUGAA